AUGAGAAGGAGUGCAAUGCCGACGACCUUGCGCAGGUGGUGCAGGCGCAGGCUUACGGGUUUGACUACGGGAGAGAGUCAUCCGUUGCGAAUGUUUGGUGAGAGGACCCGGAGGGACGUGAGGAGGAGGGCAUUACAAUAUUAUUUCCUGGAAAUGCAGAGAGUCAACGCAAACGGUUUAGGGGUGACGAGAGAAAGCCGGGCGUGAGCACAGAAACGAGGGAGAGAGCCGCGCCAUCUUUCCAAAUGAUAAGCCUCGAGUAUUCAGUCGCCUCUCGGGCACUGCAGCUGUUCAUCUUUCAUGAAAUGAAGUAGCACAAAAA